CAGUUGAGCCACCAUCUCAAACCACUUCCUGCACUGCAAGAGGCAGGAGCAUUUGCUCAAAGUGAAGCCUUUGGAAGGACUGAGGAAAGAUCACGAUCGUUUUAUGCAGCCGAGCCUACCUCGUGGUCUAUUCAGAAUAAUGUAGAACAGCAGAAACAAACUUCUCAUGAGCCCAGAAUAACCUCUCUUGUAGCUCACGAAGAUGAAGUAGCUGUUGAUCCGGGCUCUGCACGGGAUACUCAUAACAGGUCUCAGUCACUGUUUGAUCACCAUAAUAUUGCUCCCCUCAGAAUGUCUGAUGAAGUAGAACGAAUUACUGGUUUCAGUGGCAGUCAAUCCCCUGACGAGACCUUAUACAAGCACAACAGGACCACAUUCCAUACUGACUCUUAUUCUUCUGUAAGGUCCUCGAAGCAAGUUGAUACGGAUGGUUCAGAAACUAAUGGCAACGCACGAAAUGCAGCAAUUGAAGAGAGUCCGCAGGGAUCUGGAGGCACGCCAGAGGGUACUCGACAAAAUUCACAAGGUUCUGGGGAAACAUCACAGAACUCAUCACAGUCAUCGGGAGUUGACUCCCACACGAGUAUGCAGUUCAAUAAUAGGCCUCAGUCUCCGAACAGAAGCGCUCACCUGAUUGAAGGGAGUAGAAGAUCGAGAUUACGAAGACGAUACACAAGUGUGAGCGGUGUCGACGAUAUAGGGAAAAGAGAUGGUCUGAAUAGGAGUACAUCUAUUAAUUAUACCUCAAAUAUACCGCGAACUUUACUGAGGCAGUCGUCAUAUAUGUCCACCAGCCGAAGGAUGACAAGUAAUCCUUCUGGCGCUGAAAGCAAUGCUUCAUUAACUCAGGAACGCUCGAUUUCACAACGCGGAUCCAAGGUUCGUGUCAUCUAUACGGACCAUUCACUGCGCGCAUCUCAGUCAUCGCAUCCGGACAGCCCAUCCACAUCAAUCCCGUUGGAAGACACUCCUUUGGAGGAUCGUUCUGGUGACGAAACUGUAGAAUUUAUUACAAAACCAUGGCCAGAGAUCGGGGUCACUAUUGACGCUAUUGAGUCGCCAAGUGGUAAGGUCUUGCGUCGAUCGCUCAGCGAAGUGGCCCAAGAAGGAACCGAACCACAGGCGCCGGAGAGUAUUCGAUUCUCGCUGAGUUCCAAUUGCGUGGCAAACAUCUGUUCGCAGCAUCAUGCCUUCCUUAAUGCUUAUGAGCUCUGCGAACAACACAGUUUCACGGAUAGCAGGGAUUUGCUGUGUAAUGUGGACUUCUUGUGUCGAUUGAAUUUUGCAGCACAUCGAAUAACCGAAGAUAUUGCUGAUGAAGCCGAACGUGAUCUAAGACUGCAUUUUCGAACUCAGUCCAAUCCUAGAGCACGUUAUUUCACCGACAGCUCACUCACUCGCCAUUCGACGUCAGUAUCAACAAGUUUCGACGACGAUCAGAACAACGGGUACGCUUCAAAUUAA